UGCCGCGACUGGCCGCCUCCCGCCGGCCGAAGCAAAAGUUCAUCAGACAUGCUUUUUUACAUCGCAGUUUGUCGUGUGCCGUGAGUCCGAUUGGGUCAGAAAUUGUGCUUCGCUAUUCAAUCUUCGUGGACCGGCUUGUUUGGGGCUGUCACUGCCCCGGUUCUCUUUUUCUCUCCCCCCAAUCUUCCCCCAUCUCCUUUCCUGCUUUCUCCUGCUGCUGCAAUGGCUCCCCCGCGCCAACGGACGACAGCCGUCCAGGACGACUCUCGUUCUGAAGGCUCCAGCACCGCAAGAGAGCAUAAAACAACGACAGGCAAGGCCCGCAAGGGUGCGGGUGGAUCGGCGGCUGCGACUGCUCGAGAGGCCAAGGUCCCUCCUCAUCUUGCCAAUGUCACCAGCGCCCCCGCUGGAGGCGAACAGGAUAAUGUGCCCAAGAUCCCUUGGUCCGAGAUGCCCCUCGAACUCCUCCACUCCUACCGACAUGGCUAUAAACUGUCCACUCCCAGCGCUUUCUCCAGUGAAUACUCCCAUCUCCUCCUUUCCAGAGGGAUUGGUCUCCGAUCGCCGACAUCUAUCGCCGCCCAGCGAGCAAAUAUAUCUCGCCAGAACCAGAUAAACAAUGGUUCCCAAUCAAGCACUUCCACGUCCCGAAAAGCCUUGCACACCAAAUCUUCAGCCCCCAAUGGCGUCACCGUAAAGCACAAAGACCGCCAUGCGCACCGAGGCCCGAAUACGAUCGAUGGCAAGAGCGCGUUACACCAGAUCAUUGGCCAGGACCGGGUGAACAAAAAUCAGCUUGCCGUGACAGUUCGCAAACACUUCAACAGUGCUGGGCUUGCGGAACAAGAAGCCAUUGCGCGAUUUCUGUACAAGGUUCGGGAAGAGGGAAGAGGUCGGCAUUUCCGUCUUCGAUUCCAGCCCUGAUACCUCUGGCACUUACUUUCCCUCCCCCAUCUUUCUCCUCUCCACAAUGUCGACCUGGGAGUCUUCCCCCCCAUCCGCAGAUUUAUUCAUCGGCACAGCCCCGGUUCGCAAUUGGCGUUUGGCUGCGUGCAAGAUUCAUUCGACAUAGAGUCGACUUGAAACCCCUACACUCCUCUCUCAUUCUCUUAAUUUCGAAGCCGCUAUCCUGUUUUUCCGGUCGUCGCAUCUCC